CUUCCUGCCCUUUUCACCAUUCCCCGACGGUCUGUUUGAUCUUUAAUCAUUCUCUACCAUCAUCAAGCAAACUCAGGGAAGAAUUUGAAGAAGCGUUUAUGGGUUGCAAAAAUUCUUCAUCAAUCUCCUCCUCUUCAUCCGCCGCAGCCGUGUUCGAAUUCCAGCCGCAAUUGUUUUCAUCUCAGCCGCCCUACCAGACUUUGUUAAUUUCGCCGGCUUCAUUAACUCCCUGGAUAGGAGACCUCCUGUUUCGCAUUCCUUAAUAUUCACAAUCCAUAACUUGUUUUUAACGGAUCGUUAAGGAAAUUAAUCAGAAAGAAGCUGCCUAUUGAAUAAAAGUGUGGGGAUUGAAGGGAAGCGGGAAGCACACGGGCACUAUGCAUGAAUGAUUUGCACAUCUUCUAUGUGCUCCCAAAGAUUGAUGCUUCUGCAAGUGUAAAAAUCCCCUUGCAUAAAAAGGAUAUCGUCCAUGAGAGCUAACACUUCUGGUUGGGCUGCAGUUGUCCAAAAGCAAAGACAGAAUCAACAAGGCAUUGAACCCCAGCUCGAAAGUGAACCUUUCCCUCCUUUAUCACUCUCCAAUACUCUCUCAACAAAGAAUACUGAUACUAUAUUGGAGAAGCCUUUUUCUUCUGUGCUCUUGCCUUCUCCAAAUCUUUCAUCCUUGGAGCAAAAUAAGUAUCCAAAAAAUAAGCAAUCAAGUGCUGGGCAUUUCAACUCCAGCAAAGGGACUAAAUUUUUAAAAAAUGGGGAUGAUGUUGAUUCGUAUCAAAUUAUUAAAGAGCUUCACUCGUGGGCAGAUGAAAGCUUGAUCAAAGAUGUUAUGGCUGGGGUAAACAAUGAAUUUGCUCAGGCUAUGAAGAUAUUGGAAGAUAUGGUUUCUCUGGAUCAGACAGUUGUCUUACAUGACGAUUCAGAAGCCAAGAAACCUGAUAUUAACAAAAUCUCAAAUGCAGAUGAAUUAUCAUUUCCUUGUGUUCAAAAGAUCAAGGAAGAGAAAGAUAGAAAAGGUAAAGAAGUCAAUGAAGAUGAUUUAUCUGGAGAGAAUGUGAAUUUGGAAGAUUUGAACAAUGCUAUAAAAAAGUGUUUGAAUAUUAGUAGCAAAAACUUAAUCAAUUACCCUGCUUCUUUCGUGGACAAGCUUCACGGCAAUGCAUCAAUUGGAUUUUUUAGAUUUGCACCCAUUGAACCUGAAUUAUGGGAGGAAGACGAUAUAUACUCAUUUCAAAGAAAGGAUGCCAUCAGGAUGAUGAGAUCAGCAGCUCGGCAUUCCAAGUCUGCAAGCUAUGCCUAUUUAAGAGGAGAUCACUUGACUGCUCAAUGUUUUUCAGUGAAAGCUCAAGAGGAAUGGUUAGCUGCCGGGGAGUUGAAUACAAAGGCAGCAAAGGAAAUUCUAAGAGUCCAGAACAGUAAAAAUGAUGAGUGGACUCUUGACUUGCACGGUCUUCAUUCGACCGAAGCAGUUGCAGCCUUGCAAGAACACUUGAAAAAGAUUGAAUCCCAAGUUUCAGUCAAUCAUUCAGUAUUUCAAAGAGGAGUAAACGGUGAGAUGGAAUCCACUUUGUAUCUUUUGCACUCGAAUGGUUUUGAUGCUGAAAGUUCAACAAAGAGGCUACAACAACCUUCCAAACAGCGACCAUCUAUUCUUCAUGUCAUUACAGGUAAAGGUAAUCAUAGCCGGGGAGAGGCUGCACUUCCAAUAGUCAUCAAAAGCUUUUUAGCUGACAAUGGGUAUCGUUUCGAUGAAAUCAGGCCUGGGGUGAUUGCAGUGCGCCCUAAGUUCCGACCACAAUGAACCUAUCUAUGGAAGAUGAGAACAGAGUGAUAUAAUUGCACGUGUUUAUGUGGCACCAACAUAGAUGAAUUUUAUACGUUUGGUGUGGUGGGAAGCUUGGUGGUUCCCCUACGGCUCCCCCUUUUCCCAAUUCCCAUACCAAGGAAGAUGAGGAGCUAGAGUUUCAAUAUUUCAACUCCAAAUUUCAACUAAUCUCGUGUAAUCUCUACUCUUUUCUCUUUACAUUUGUUCAUCAUGUUUUGUAGAUAAAACACUCACCCAAAAUUAGGGACGGCGCCAUUGUAAUCUCCAUUAGACUUUGAUUAUGAGUUCAAGUAUAUUACAAACAGUUCUUGUUUGUUUCGCUUUGAUUGUAUGACCAUAUUAGCAUCUUUGAUAGUCUAUGAAAGAAACUCUACUUGAUUAG